AUGACAUUGUGCAAUAUCUUAAAGCAUGAUGGUGGUCUUCAAGCUACUCAACGAAUGUCCGUUGAAGAGCAAGUUGCAAGAUUUUUGCAUAUUGUAGGUAAUGACAUGAGAAAUAGGUUAGCCUCUUGGAUAUACCGUCGUUCUAGAUCAACAACCAGUCGGUGCUUCCAUAGAGUUUUGCGAGCGAUUUUAUCGUUAGAAAGUCAUUAUCUACAACAACCUAAAGGUGAUGUUGUCCCGAAAGAAAUUCAAGAGAAAAAGAGAUUUUAUCCUUUUUUCAAGGAUUGUGUAGGGGCAAUUGAUGGAACACAUGUUCGUGUCAAAGUACCAAACAAAGAUGCCGCUAGAUAUCGUGGUCGUAAAGGAUACCCGACAAUAAAUGUAUUGGCAGCUUGUACAUUUGACUUGAAAUUUACAUAUGUUCUAACUGGUUGGGAGGGGACUGCAUCAGACUCGAGAAUAAUAAAGGAUGCAUUUAGUAGAAGUGAUAAACUAGUAAUUCCUACCGGUAAAUACUAUUUAGUAGAUGCGGGUUUGCCUCAUACAAGCUCACUAAUGACACCAUAUAGAGGCGUUAGGUAUCACUUGAAAGAGUACUCAACCCGUGCCCCUGAGAACUCAAAGGAGUUGUUCAACCUUCGUCAUGCGUCAUUACGUAACGCAAUUGAACGAGCAUUUGGUGUCCUAAAAAAAAGGUUUCCUAUCAUUAGAAGUACAGCAGAACCAUUUUACUCUUGUCAAACACAGUCAGGCAUCUUUUUGGCAUGUUGCAUUUUACACAACUUUUUACUAGAGGAAGAUCGUGACAAAGAUCUUGAAGAUGAAGUCUUAAAUGAGCUUAGCACAACUCUUGAAAUGACUUUUACCAAAGCUCAUUUGAAGAAUCGUUUAAAGACGUUGAAAAACCGUUUUUCUGCCUGGUAUGAUAUGUUUCAGGGAACGUCAUUAAGUGGGUUCUCAUGGAAUCCUGAAACUCAACUAAUUGAAGCGGAGGAUGAAGUCUGGCAAAAAUUAAUAGACUCAAAGCCAAAAGCUGCGGCGUUGAAGACGAAGAAAGUCACAAACUAUGAUGAAAUGCUACAACUAUUCGCAAAGGAUAGGGCAUCAGGUGCACAAGCUGAAACUGCUAAAGAAAGAAAUGCCCGGUUGCAGAAGGAUGAUGGCAUUAACACAGACACACCUACAGAACUGGAUGAAUUCUUAGUUGCCAAUGAUGUAACUCUAGAGAGCCAAUACAAUCUUGAUGAUGAUGUACAUGUGGUUGAUCUUACGUCUUCUCUACCCGGGCAGUCUUCUAGUGCAAAGAAAUACAAGAGUAGAAAAAGAAAAGUCGAGCAAGUAGAUGAUGAUUUAACCUCAAGGAUUAUGAAUGGUGUUGGCAGCAUAGCUAAUGCUAUUGCUGAAGGUAAUAAAAUUAUUCAUGAAAGCAAUAAGAUACUUGAAAGAGUUCAUCAUGAAAGCAAUAAGAUACUUGAAAGAGUUCAUCAUCGCGAGUACACAGGUGAUGAAAUUAUUAAAGAAUUGGAACCGAUGGGUUUGGAACCUCAAGAAAUACCAUUGGCUUUCAAUUAUUUGGUGGAGAAUCAAGCUAAAGCGAGAUCAUUAUUUAGUUGUUCUUCUAAUAUGCGGUUGACUUUGCUGAGAGGUAUGAUGGGUUUAGGUAAUUAA